AUGCACAAGGAAGUCCCAAGUAGGAAGCCAACCAAGAUAACCAGCUCAUUGGCUACAGAGGCAAGCCCAGAGGUAAACCCAUGUCCUAGCACUACUUUGAAUCUUGUUUAUGAAUCCUCUAUUAGGAGAAAGGAAGGUGUGGCCCAUGCUCUAUCAAAUGAGGUGAGGCAAGAAUCUUUGUUCACCACCAAAAACGUACCAUUAGAACAACACCCCCGAGGGGAGAUCCUUGUUCUUACAGGGAAUGUGGAAAUCAAGGCUUCCCCCAUUCUUAAGGCUCCUAUUAACAUUGAGACUGGUAAUAAGUUUUCUAGCCUAGUGGUUGAACUUACUGGGAUAAAGGAGAACGACAUGGAGAAAUUAGUUUCGCCGAAGAAAAGCCUCCUAAGUAGCAAAGUGAGGAACAUUGAUGGAGUUCCAUUUGGUACAACUAGAAAGAAGAAACAAAAGCAAAAAUAUUCUAACCAAGGGAAAGUUGGGGUUCCUAAAGCCCAGGGUCUGAGUUUACCCAAACCCAAAUGA